UCGGGUAGCGCAACCGUUUGAACGAAGCUGUCAGUCUAGUGUAGCUUUAGUUGAGCUGUCUCUGAGCAACGGUGGACUUGCGGGACAUUUGCAGCCCUCUGGAAUUGUCGGAGGAGACAAUAUUUGCAAAUGUGCAUUGCGCAGGACACGAUGCGCGCGUUUUUUGCUGCAGCGGGGUUGUUCCUCAUGUUCGUUGUCACGGCUACGGACGCGUGCGGUGGCAGAAUCGAGGCAUUGAGUGGGACCAUCACGAGUCCAUCGUUUCCGAACUGGUACCCGCCCAGCAUGAACUGCAUCUGGGAGAUCGUCAAGCCCUCAAUCCAGUACCCUACCACGCUCAAGUUCACCGAAUUUAGCCUCGAACGGAACAAAGACUGCGACUACGACUAUGUCGAAAUCCUUAGUGUGAUGGACAACGGCACCAGCUGGAACCACGGGCGCUUCUGCGACGACUCCCUGCCACCCAUCAUCAUCUCCAAGGGCAAUACACUGCGUAUUGAGUUCAAGUCGGAUGCCUCAGUCCAACACAGCGGCUUCGUGGCGGAUUUUUCCACAGCCGCAAGUUUCCGCUACGUGGAAGCACCACAGCUCACAAGCCUGACCCAUCCGAACGGCUCGCUACUGUUUUCGUGGACGUGGAUCAAGGCACCGAGCCCUGAGCUGGCGGGAUACUAUUUACGCGGUACUUCCAAGGACCACAAUUUUCAGACAACGCUGUCGCCCUUGCUGAGUGGCUAUAGGGCUGAUUAUCUCAAGGAAUACACCGAAUACAACAUUACGCUGCAGCCCUUCUACAACGUCAAAGGCCUGCCGAAACUUGGGAUACCAACACAGUUGAUCGUGCGAACUCCAGCUGCUGCUCCGGGAGAACCGAUGUAUAUCGUGCGGCAGUCGCCGUCGCGUAUUGAACAGGAUGAUGCGCGACAACUGGCCGUAACCAUCCUCGAACCUGUGUCUUGGAAUUCCAGUCCAGUCGGUUUCCGCCUGCGAUGGGAACCCAAUGAACAAGGCAACGAAACAGCCAGGGAUUUCGAUUUGCCUCUCGAUGUGCCGGAACGCAAGAAGGACCUCAACGUCACCCUGUCAUUGAAGCCCGGACGUGAAUACACACUGUUUGCCAGCGCGCGUGGGGUCGGGGACUCCGGGGAAGUUCUCCUAGGUCCCGAGACGUCGGUGACAAUGGAAACUGCUCCACUGGCUCCCACUAACUUGUCGGCGAAGAGCAUUGACCCAACCAGCGUUAUCAUUUCAUGGCAUGCUGCGAGUCCUACGCAAAGGUUUGUGAUUCAUCGAUCCUUUGAAGCACCACUGCGUGCAUGUGAAGUCGGACUCUGUCCCUAUGACGACAAUUUGUUUACUGAUGACCGAUACUCUGUUGACGGCACACGCCUCGAAACGUCGACUGUUGUGCUCGACGGAAGUUCACAGGAAUCGUCGUCCUACAGUCUGCCCCUGUUCAACCUCUUGUCGUCUGCGAAGUACACAGUAAAUGUCAUGGCAUGUGGUGUUGAAUUAUGCAGCAGCAAGACAAACAUGACUUUUACAACUCCUCCUUCAGCUAUUUCCACGCCUGUAAUCACGACAAUCCUAUCGAACGACUCUAGUUCGCUGUACUUGGCAGGGAACAUCACGCUCCCAUCGAACACCCCAGAGCUGAACCCGGAGUUCAAUGUGAGAGUGAAGACGAAUGGCUUCUACCGGCUCGUUCACACGGUGGAGAAGACGAUCAGAAUUGCGGAUCUCAGCUCAGGGACAGAGUACGAAGUUGAGGUGCUGCUUUGUCUGGAGAGGACGCCUGGAAAACGAGAAUGCGGCCGCCCUGCAAAAGCCACCAUAAGCACUUGGCCUCUUGCUGCCAAUUGUUGA